CAGCCUCGAGAAGAGACGGCUGAGAGGGCACCUCAUCAAUGUGUAUAAAUAUCUAAAGGGGGGAACAGGUUGCACAGAGAGGGUGUGGAGUCUCCCUCACUGGAGGUAUUCCAGAACCGUCUGGACACGAUCCUGUGCCAUGUGCUCUGGGAUGACCCUGCUUGAGCAGGGAGGUUAGACCAGAGGACCCACUGUGGUCCCUCCCAGCCUGACCCAUCCUGUGACUCUGGGAGUGUGUGAGGGUUCUUCCACCCUGUGUGCACGUGGUGUGCGAUCCUUAAAGUCCCCAAGGUUCAGGUGGGUAUUUGUUGAGUUUGUACAUCAGCUCUUGGACGUGUCAGUAAGUGAAUCACUGUAUCUAUAGAAUGCUGUGGAAAUUAUCAAAGCAUCAUGCUUUGUAAAGGCACAUUUUGUGAAAUGAAACCUACAAGUUUAAGGCCCUGGUGGCAGCAGUUACCCCCUCCUUGGCCUGGGAGCUGUAAAUUGCCUUGGACUGAUCCACUUCUGCAAAAGUUCUUAGAACUGGGGGGCAAUGGUAGUCUUCAAGUAUGUUGUGAAAGUACUUCAUGAAAAUCAAAGUGUAUUUCUGUAAUCAACAGGGUUUGUCCUCUGGAAGGCUGUCAGGAGCAGUUAAGCUAACAAAUGGAAGAAAACAGGUUGGCUUAAGGAGAGGAUGUUAUUCUGAUGCAGAAUUCUUUUCCACCGACUCUGACAAUCAGGUUGAUGCUAUCCAUGAUGGACUUGACCAGUGUGCAGCUUUACUGAAGAAUUUCAUACAAAAUGGGGCUACAGGAAAGGAGGCUAUCCAUAAACCACCUGGGAAAGCACCUACUUCCAAGCCUUUGCUAAACAAAGGAAAUACUUCCAAGAAGAAGGGGUUAGCAAGAAAUGUUACUCCUGCCCCUGUCCGAAAAGAAAUUCUGCCAAUAUCAAAUAGAAAAUUUCCUUCGUCCACCACACCUUCUGCUAAGAAAGAACUUUCCAGUGCAGCACAGAAUCAGAUGGUUCAACCUAUUCAUGUGCCUUGCAGUCAACAGUCUCCUGUGAUGUAUCAGAAACUAUGUGAGCAUGUGGAAACUCAGAUGUCUCUGAUAACUGGCCAACCACCACAGGAUAGUAAUGAAAUUCCUACUAUAACUCCUUCUCCUACCUCAAAUCAGGGAUGUCAAAAUGUUGCAGCUUUUAAUUAUCUGUUACCUACGUCCACAUCAGGACUGUCCCUGCAGCAUUCAGCUAAUCCCUUGACUACUCAGUCAGGUGUUCCUGUAGAUAGUGCCAGUGAAUGUGUGCCAGAGAUGGGAGGACCUGUGGUUUUCCCAGUAGUUUCUGCUGCUCCUGCUGUACAAGUGCAGUCUGGCACUGCUCUUCCUAGUGUGGUCCCUUGUAUAGCACCAGUUCCUUCGAUCCCUACAGUGCCUACAUUGAUCCCAGCAUCUUCUGCCAGAGAGAUGACCCCAAGCCAAGAGCACCAGACCAAAGAAGCAGAUUUGAUAAGGUGCAUACAAGCUCACCUGGCCCUGUUACAAUCACGGGAGGGACUGAAUGGCAGCACUGAACAGAGGUGCCAUCAGCAUUGUCCAGCACAACAUGAUGGCUCAAGUGACACGGAGGAGGAUACUCCUGAAGAGCACAGUGAGGAUAUGGUCAGUGAGGAAGAUGAAUUGAAUGUCCUUGACAUAGCUCCAGUGAGAGAUACAGGCUGUAGGACAAGUUGUGUGAAGAAAGUUCUUAAAUCUAGAAGAGAAAAUCCAGAAGAAACAGCCCAUAAAGUUAUGACUGUAAAAUAUCUUUUGGGUGAACUCAGAGAACUGAUAACAGAUCAAGAUGAUUCAGAAAUGCUGAGGUUGAUGAGUGAAAUAGAAGGUUGCAUAUCAUUGCUCCCAGCUGUAGUGGGAAGUACAAACAUCCAAGCUGAAAUAGCACUGGCUUUACAGCCUCUCAGGAGUGAAAAUGCCCAGCUGCGCAGGAGACUAAGAAUAUUAAACCAGAAACUCAGGGAACAAGACACCAGUGAGAAGAAAUCUGGACAGAGCUGCAAUUAUGAAUUAGUUUCUUUGCAGUCCUUGAAUAUGAUGCUCCAGAGUCAAUUGAAAGAAUCGCAGAAAGGCCUUGAUUCACUGCAGGCUAAAAAUGAAGAACUUCUUAAAAUAGUAGAAAGUCAGAAGGAAGAAAAUAAACAUCUUGCAAAAGUUAUUCAAGAUAAAGAAGAAGAAUUGCUUGAAAACAAACAGCAUUAUGACAUUCAUUCCACCAAGCUCAAGAUUGAAGUGGAAGAAGCAUUAGGAAGUGUGAAGAGCCUUCAGUUUAAGCUGGAAGCUUCAGAGAAAGAAAAUAAGAUUUUGGGCAUAACAUUACGUCAGCGGGAUGCCGAGGUUAAGAGACUGCGGGAAUUAACCAGAACCUUGCAGGGCAGUAUGGCCAAGCUUCUGUCUGACCUCACAGCGGACAACGUUAGACCCAAACCUGAAAAAGCUCUCUCAAAGUCUCUUUUGGAAGACCAUGAAAAGCAGAUGCAGCCUGAGCCAUUUCCUGGGAGUACUGCAGUAAUGACUUACCUUAAAAAAUUAGAAAUGGAUCAUGUUUUGAUAGAUACAGAUCUUCAAUUCGCAAAUGAAAGUGGAAACAGGGAAAUGCAAAAUCUGGCCUAUGAAAAGUUUGAUGCUGAAGGAAGUAAAAUAAACAGUACGUUCAUAGAAGAAGGAACAUCAGCUCCCAGAGCACUACAAACUUCAUUGAACCAAGAUGCAGAAACAAUUAGUGAUUCUGGGACUUUACUAGAUGACCAAAACAAGUUGGAUGAGACAAUUUAUAUUCCAUUGACUAGCAGUGCCUCUAAAAAACAGCAGCCAGUCUCUGACAGAAGUGGUGUGCUACCCCAGAGUAGAGGGGUUUGUAAAACUUUGGAUUUCUGUGAGCUCCCAAGUUCUGUACCGCAGUGUGGAUGUGAGCUAUCAAAGGAUCCAACUGUACUGGAUAAGUUAAGUGCUGGGUACAGUGUGAAAAAGACUGUGGAAAACACUCUUGAACUUACAGGGGAUAAAGCAAAGUUGGAAGGAGACAAAGUCCAAAUGAGAUCAAAAGUCAUUCCAAGUGGAGCUGCAAAAGAUUCCACAGAUAAACCAGACCAACCUCAGCCUGGUACAUACCCUCGUGUGUCAAUGCCAUUUCCAACAGAGAUUUCUCAGAGAAAAGGUAGUAAACCAGCUGAUUUUAGUUGCAUUUCAUUUGAUGGUUUAUCAGUGAGAUCUGAGUGGAGUGCAACUUCUUUCUCAACAUUUACUUCUCGAGAUGAAGAGGACUUUAAGAAUAGUUUAGCAGCCUUGGAUGCCAACAUAGCCAAGUUACAAAGGACUCUGCAGAGUAACAUCAGGAAACAAUGAUUAUGAGGAGGGGAAAUGGGCUGCCCUUGUUCGGAAAAAUUAGGUUUUUCUAAAGUAUAUUAAUAAGUAUGGUGCAGAUAUGUAUAUUUGUAUGUAAUAACUUGUGCUUAGCUGUUUCAGCUAUGGAUAGAAUUUGUUCCUUAUUAAGCUGUGGCACUGUUUCCCUUGAUGUGUACAACUUGAAAUAACUGGCUUUUUAUAUAAAAUAUAAAUGUUGUUUGUUUUUUUUUUUUAAUUAUUACUUAGGUUUAUACUCUUUACUUGCAAAAUUAAUUAUACUUGAAAAUUAAAUGUACUUGUUUACUCAUGGGGUUUUUUUCCUUCCCCUAAGAACUGUUGUAAGGUGCUAUACAUGAGCAAAAGGUUCCACAGGUAGAGGCCAGGGAAGAGGUGUCUACAGAGCAGCAGGAAUGCUGAGAGUUACAGUUGCUAAGUCAGGAUCAUGCUAUUCCAAAAAUAAAUGCAGCCAUCAUAUGGGAUUUGUAGUGGAUGGUAGAUCAUAUAAAAUACAUGAAGUAAUCCUUUUUCACUCAUCACUGAUAAAACUCAGUUUUCUCUUUGGACCAUUUUACUCAAAGGAAGAAGUGUAUGGAGAGUUCAGGCGAGAGCAAGAGAAGAACUGUCAAAGUUCUGUUGCUUUCUACAGUUCUGUUUUAGGUUAUACUUUUUACUAAUGUUUGAUUUUUAUCUAAAGUAAAAGAAUAUAGAACCUGUGGAUAAACACAGAACAAACAGGACGACACUGAGAAACAGAAGCAGCACAGCUGACACAAAGGAGACAAAUUAGGAAUUAGUGCAAGCUGGCAAACCAGUGCAGUUAGCAAAGCACCAGAAUGUACAGUGUGAGGAAGCCAUGGAAAUUCCACAGUUGUUGAGAUGUCAAACAUCUACUGGGCAUAAAUACAGAGAGUCUGGACUGAAUCACCCAGAUUGACUCUCACAGGAAUGGGAGCGGAAGGGGGAAUGAUUCCAGUCCGCUGUUCUCCCCACCAGGCCUUUCCACAUCUCAGUCUCAAGAAUAUGCAUAAUAUAAGUGUUUAAGGUACAGGUACAGGAAGGUGGUGUUAUUGCCACCAUUCUGUUCCCCUUGUGCUCUUAGCAGUGCUUCAGUGCUGUUUUUCAGGGAAAAUAUCUUUGGAAAAGAAACAGCAAUAUAAGAACCUGAAUUUAAGAUUGCUCUUUCUACAGAAUUGCUUUUUUUUUUUUUCCUGGAAAACAUUGCUGUGCUUCCUGGUACUGUUUUCUUGUAUGUUUCCAAGUAGAAGAAAAGUCCCUCAUGGUUAGUUGCUUGAAUGAACA